AUGUCGUCGCCGGCUAGAUAUCACGUAGAGGAGCUAUUGACUAAUAAGAAUUCGACGCAACAAUCGUCUCCGAUUUCGUCACUCCAUGAUGAUUUGCUAUUGAGCUGCUUCGCACGCAUCUCUAGAUUGCAUUACCCUGCUCUCUCACUCGUCUCCAAGAGCUUCCGAUCUCUCCUUUUUUUCCCGGAGCUUUACGAGACCCGGUCCUUGUUAGGCCGUGCCGAGAGUUGUCUCUACGUGUGCUUAAAUCUCUCUCCCGAUCCUACACCUAGUUGGUUUACUCUCUGCCAGAAACCUAAUGGGACGAAGGAUAAGAAUUCGAGUGGUAACAUUUUGGUCCCAAUCCCAGUUCCCAAAUCUCCUCAAGCUCAUUGCAAAGGCGUUGUUGCAGUUGGUUCGAGCAUCUACGUCAUUGGCGGACCAUUCCACGAUCCGCCUUCUUCUGACGUCUGGGUUUUAGACUGCCAUUGUCACGUUUGGUGCAAGGCUCCGAGCAUGCUUGUGGACAGGGCUUAUCCAGCAGCAAAUGUCGUUGAUGGAAAGAUUUAUGUAGCAGGAGGAUGCAAAGACUUUAAUUCUUCAAAUUAUAUGGAAGUUUUCGAUCCACAAACUCAAUCUUGGGAUUUUGUGGUGUGCACUGUUGCAAAGAAAUGUGCCCCUAGUGUAUUCAAUAGCGCAGUGAUUGAAGGAAAUUUUUUACUCUUCACGUUUACGAACGAGUGUUUGGCUUACACUCCAAAGGAAGAUAGAUGGGAAGUGAUCGAAAUGCUGGCUAAUUUGGAUUCAGGAUGGUUAUGGGCCUUAUGGCACUCUAAUUGCAUGAUCGGUACCAUACAUUAUUGCUGUCGUUAUUUAGCGGGACUCAAAUGGUACGACUCUAAGAGACAAUCUUGGAUGGAUUUGAAAGGUUUGAAAGGACUGCCUGAGUUUGAUCAUCAUGAUUGUGUUAAACUUGCGGAUUAUGGUGGGAAGCUGGCUGUUUUGUGGACCAAGUUUUCUCGUUCUAGAGGACAUAAGGAGAAGACGACCGGGUGGUGUGCGGUGAUUUCGCUUGAAAGACGCAAUGGUGACGAGGAUGAGGAGAUUUGGGGAACGGUCGAGUGGAUUGAUCCUGUUCUUACACUUCAUAACUCUUAUAGAUUUGAGUGUGCUCUUGCUGCUACGGUUUGA